UGGCAUAAAUAAAACACCUCCUUGGCUAAGCUUCCUCUAUAUUUUCAGGUUUCACUGGAGGGCUGCCUAGAACUAUGGAUCAUGCCAGGAAAGCAAUAUAUAACAUGUUUGGCGGGGAACCCCUCUCGUAUACUCGCUUCAGUCUUGCUCGCCAGCCAGACGGUGACAGCAGUCAGGUGGAGAUGAAGCUCUCCGCGGAAGAAGAGGAAGGAGGUGAAAAUGGCACGCUCGACCAUCUCCACACCCAGACCGUGGCGCCGAGGAAGAACAACCGACAGCUCUACUACAAAAUCAUCGGCAUAGCCCUCAUUUUUCUUAUAGCAGGUUUCCUCAUGGGCUACCUGAGUUACCACGGACGUACGCAGGCGGCUGGAAAAUGUGUAGGUGACUCAGUCUCACCUGAUGCAUCAUCAUCUGUUGCUGAGCAGAAGGAUGAUAACACCGAAGAGGAGGCACCCACACGAGAGCCUGUGCUAUACUGGGGUGACCUGAGAGCGAAACUGUCCCAGAAGCUGAGCGCUGUGACCUUCGAAGAUGAGAUCAGGACAAUCUCUCGCACUUCCCGCGAGGCUGGCAGUCCAGAAGAUGAGAGUUUGGCCAGUGACAUUCAUGAUCGGCUGCAGAAAUACAAGCUGGACAAAGUGUGGAAUGACGAGCAUUAUGUUAGGGUGCAGGUCCCGGGAAGCGCUCCGAAUGAAGUUUUCAUAGACGGGCCAAGGGAGAUUUUGGAAGCGCCCAAGGGUUACGUCGCAUAUAGUGAAAAGGCUGAAGUGUCUGGAAAACCCAUUUAUGGCAAUUACGGUCGCGACGAAGACUUCCAGGAACUGCUCAAAAAUGGUGGCAGUCUCACGGGAACCGUGCUCCUCUUCAGAGCGGGAGAAAUUACGUUUGCUGACAAGGUGGCCAAUGCCCAGAAAUGGGGUGCAGUAGGAGUCCUGAUUUAUCCCGACCCUGCAGACUACGGUAGCCUUAAACCAGAGGAUGGCUUGUUUGGGCACGCUCAUCUGGGAACUGGGGACCCUUUUACGCCAGGAUUUCCUUCUUUCAACCAUACUCAGUUCCCUCCCGUGACAUCUUCCGGACUUCCCCGCAUUCCUGUCCAGACAAUUUCUAGCACCGCUGCAAGCAAACUGUUCAGCCUGAUGAACGGCCAAGACUGUCCAACUUCUUGGAAAGGGAAGCUCAGUUACAAGUGUGGUUUGGAGCCUGGCAGAAAUGUGACCCUCCGCGUCAACAACGAGGUAGUGGAGAAGAAGAUCCUGAAUAUCUUUGGCGUCAUCAAAGGUUUCGAGGAACAAGAUCGUUACGUCGUGAUCGGAGCCCAGCGUGAUUCCUGGGGGCCUGGAGCGGUGAAGGCCGGAGUCGGAACAGCCCUCUUGCUGAAGCUGGCCAGCGUCUUCUCCGACAUGGUGCAAACAGAAGGCUACCAACCCCGCCGGAGCAUCGUCUUCGCCAGCUGGAGCGCUGGAGAAUUUGGGGCCGUUGGGGCCACCGAGUGGCUGGAGGGCUACGCAGCCACCCUCCACCUGAAGGCAUUCACUUACAUCAACCUGGAUUCAGCUGUUGCAGGAUCACGAGAUUUCAGGUUCUCGGCCAGCCCCAUGUUGAAAAAGCUACUGAAAGAAGCCACCUCAGGGGUCAAGUUCACAACGAAUGAUCUUGCUAACACCUUGCCCCAAAAAGAGGUCCCGUUCCGUAUGGAUGAUGCGAGCUUUCCCUUCCUGUCGUAUUCAGGAAUUCCAGCCAUUUCGUUCAGCUUCCGCGACAAUGGGAAAGGGUACCCGUAUCUCGGCACAAAAGCAGAUAAUAUGGACAACCUGCUGCGCACCCUUGGCAACUCCGUGGUGCUGGAAAAAAUGAUGCGCUCGGCCGCCGAAAUAGCUGGUCGGAUGGCCCUCCGGAUGACGCAUGACCAUGAAUUGUACCUGGACUACAAGAGCUACGAUGAUAAAAUGCGUGGCUUUGUAUCUGAAAUAAUUCCGUACCGCCGAGAGCUGCAGAGCAUGGGUUUGGGAUUGACGUGGCUUCUGGUGGCCCGUGGAGAUUUUACCCGAGCUACCUCUGCUCUGGAUCAAGACGUCAUGAACACGGACAUGGAGAAUAAAGUGGCUUGCCGGGCGUUGAAUGACCGGAUCAUGAAAGUGGAGUACCACUUCCUCUCUCCGUACAUCUCUCCAAGGGACAGCCCUCUUCGGCACGUCUUCUUCGGCUCGGGCUCCCACACCCUCCAGGCCUUGCUGGACCACCUUGGUCUCCGGAAGACCAACCCAAGCGCUUUCAACGAAACUCUCUUCAGGAACCAGUUAGCUUUGGCCACCUGGACGAUCCAGGGAGCGGCAAACGCCAUCGCUGGUGACAUCUGGAACAUUGACAAUGAAUUCUAACCAUGUUAAAAGCACUGAAUGUUGAGAUGCAGAUCAAAAAAACCCCUCUCUCCCCUCAGCCAGUCAGUCGCUGAGGACAAACUCCUCCAGAUAAAAUCCAGAGCCCCUUGACUGCAAUGUAGAGCAACUCAAAAACAAGUCGUAAUGUCCUGAUGUGUGUAGAUGCCCUUUUAAAUGUGCCCUCCAAACCUGGAAGUCAAGAAGAGGGGCGGGUUGUUGUUUUUUGUUUAGACUUAGUAAAUCUCAGCCUCAAACUAGGAUGGAGAGUUAGAACUCAAAGAGGCCUCAGGUGCUUCCGGAGCGGAGCCAGAAAAACCUACUGGAUUUGCGUUGUUACUUGGGAAGGCAGAAGGCGGCCCUGGAUCUCCCAGUAUUGGCUAGAAAAAAAACUCUUUUGGGUGCGUAGAAGCUGCAGUGCUCCCCUUCCUGCCAACUCCCUUCCCACCCACCACCCACCCCAGAUAGAUGCAGUCCUGCCCAUACCAAAAAUUUGAGCCUUCUGCCUUCCCAGGGGAAACGGAGGGGGAAUCCCUGGGUGCGCCCCUCUUCUCUGACUGCUUCUUUCCUUACUCAGGACGGACAAGCCAAAGACAACAAGGCCCAUCACGCCUUGAGUAGUUCCAUGGUACAACUGAAAAAUUGCAGGGGUAGCCAUACCUGCGUUUGGGGGAGAGGCGAAUCGCACUCAGCCCCUCAUCCUGAGGCCUUUCAGGAAACAACACCCCGCCUCUUGUCGUUUAACUUGGGAUAUCUGCCUCAGCGGCUGACUCGGCCUGAAGUCGAUAUUGAGAUAUUUAUUUGUUAUUUAUUUAUCAGUGGCAGUGUUCACUAUAAAUGGUAUUUGUUUUCUACAGAUUAUAAUUAUCGGAAGCAGUGACUUCCAUAAUUAUGACAGUUAUACUGUCGUUUUUGAUAAAUAUUUAAAAAAAAGCAGCAUCUGCUAGUA